UCGCUUAUUUUCAUGCUAAUAUGGCAGCGCCGUCGGGUGGAGGCGAUACGGGCAGUGGCAAUGACCAGAUACUUGACUUGGGAGCUGCACUUCUCAACAACUUUGUGUAUGAGCGUGUUCGUCGGCAUGGCGACAGGGAUGCUGAAGUGACCCGGAGUCAGCUUGGGGGCGUGGAGCUGUGUGACCCCAGCCAUAAACGCCUCGCGCAGUGUUUGCAGCAGAUCGGAGAUGAGCUGGAUGGAAAUGCGCAGCUGCAAAGCAUGUUAAACAACUCUAAUCUUCAGCCGACUCAAGAUGUCUUCAUCAGAGUGGCCCGUGAGAUCUUCUCUGAUGGCAAGUUCAACUGGGGAAGAGUUGUGGCGCUUUUCUACUUUGCCUGUCGCCUUGUCAUCAAGGCUAUUUCAACCAGGGUUCCUGACAUCAUCAGAACCAUCAUAAGCUGGACGAUGUCCUACAUUCAGGAGCACGUCAUUAACUGGAUCAGGGAACAGGGUGGAUGGGACGGAAUCCGCAGUUAUUUUGGCACCCCCACCUGGCAGACAGUCGGAGUUUUCCUCGCUGGAGUUAUCACCACAGCAUUGGUGAUUCGCAAAAUGUGAAGUAGCAGGAAGGUGGAUAGAGCGAGAGAAAAAAGAGAGUUAAGACGGUGAACAGAGGGUGAAACAGACCAGCAAAAGAUUAACAGAAAGACGAGAGGGAAGAGAAAGAGUUGGAGACAAAAAGCAUUGAGAGGUGAAACCGCCUCAACCCAAUGAAAGAGGAGGAAAGAGUGAAAGUUCAGCCAGAUGUAGAUGGUUCAAGCCACUCUUUUUUUACUCCAGAGUCUGUGCCCUUUCUUGUUCAGCUUCAAAUCUUGAAUACAUUUGCACUGAGAAUGAGAGAUUAAUGCAAAAGCGUUUAGGUUUAGGCUUCAUUUUAGGUAUUUAUUUUUAGUUUGGGGCUAACUGGCUAUCUAGAAAAGACUGUAUCGGUAUGUGAUUUAAUUUAUUAGCAUUAUUUCAAUUUCCGAUUUAGGACUCGUAUUCUGUUUAUCUUUGUCAGACAAUUGUGCAUGCAGUCAAAAUUCUAUUUGAUAAACAUUUAUGAUGUUUGAUCACUAAUAUAUAUGUAUUUUAACGGGAGGAUCACACCAUUUAAAAGAGAAGGAAUGGCCUCGGCUGCAUUCUGAUGAUAUUUCUCCUCACUUCCUCUUCUUUCUUGGUUCACAGUCUCCACUGCAAGGGCUUCCAAAUGUCUGUGAGUUGUAUUUACAGGUACAAGAUGAGCCUCUAAAGUUUAUGAGGUGGCGUGGCAGCAGUUGAGCGCAGCAGCCAGCCAAUCAGCACUCUGGCUGCAGUAUGUGGGAGUGUCUUAGCAAGCUCUUCCUACAGCAGGGAUGGACAAAACUAGUGACCUAAAAUCAUUUUAAAUUUCACUGAGCCAUGCUGAUCUUUUUUUACACAACCAAAUAAUUUCAUUGUUGAAUAAUGAAGGAACCAGUUGAACUUUCUAAAGAAGCAGAUUCAUUUCUCAUCUGAGAUUUGAAGAAACACCAUUAGUUUGGCUGGAACUGGUGUAAAAGACGUGUAGUGUGUAAGGGUUAGUAAACCAGGCUUACAAACAGAUGAGUUGAGCUCUUUCUCUCAGCAUAGUCUUCUCAGUACUGUAUUUUCACCAUGGUUAGUCAGACCUAUAAUCUGAACUUUUUUAUACACUUGUUUCUUUCUCUCUUGUUUGUUUGAAUACAGUUUCAUACUCUUUCUGUUUAGGAUCUUUUCUUUUCGUUGACAGUGCCUUGGCCUUUUUAUGAUACUAGCCGCCACUUUUUCAUCUUUUUCUACAUCUUUGUAAAAUGGUAUGAAUCGUGCACCCUAAGGUGGUCUACGUGCUGUGAGCCCAUGAGUUUUUGUAAGAUGUACGAUUAAAUAAUAAAUUGUUAAAUUGUUUUUAUGGAUUUCAGUA